GCGGCGGCCGCUUGGAAGAUGGCUGCGCCCUGUGGCUCUGAGCUGCCCGCCAACUCGCCGCUAAAAAUCCCUAAGAUGGAGGUGCUCUCCCCGGCUUCCCCUGGCGGCUUGAGCGACGGGAAUCCAUCGCUGUCCGACCCUUCCACGCCUCGGGGCGCUUCCCCGCUCGGGCCAGGCAGUGCGGCAGGCUCGGGCGCAGCGGCGUCCGGGGGUCUCGGGCUGGGGCUGGGGGCCCGCAGCGCCGCCUCGGCCUCGGUCUCCUUCUCCCCUGGUGGCGGCAGCGGCGGAGGUGCGGCCGCGGCCGCCGCCGCCUGCCGGGGCAUGUCGUGGACGCCGGCCGAGACGAACGCGCUCAUCGCAGUGUGGGGCAACGAGCGGCUGGUGGAGGCGCGGUACCAGCAGCUGGAGGGAGCCGGCACGGUGUUCGGCAGCAAGGCCCCCGGGCCAGCCAUGUACGAGCGCGUGUCCCGGGCCCUGGCCGAGCUGGGCUACGAACGGACCCCAUCCCAGUGCCGGGAGCGCAUCAAGACCCUUCGCAGGUGUUACAGUCGGGUGAAAGAACAUGGUGUUGGGAAAAGAAAGAGCAGUUACACAUUUGAACAGUUGGAACAGGUGUUUGGUCAGGGAGGAUGGGAUGCUCAGCCCUGCCAGCCUGUACUUAUUAACAGUAGUGGCUUGUACCAGGAGCUGGAGUCAGAUGGCAGCACUAUGGAGGACUAUUCACAGGAGGACUGGGGAAACCACAGUCAGGAUCUCCAUGGCUAUCCAACAGAUCAGGAAUUGGAUGAAAUACCUGUCACAAAAAGAACACUAAAAAUAAAACAAGAGUCUUCUGAAGAAGCACAGAAGCGAGACAUUAUGCAGAAUAUUGUACAAAUUUUGGAAUCAGUACAGUUGAAAUGGGAACUGUUUCAGAGCUGGACAGACUUUUCAAGACUUCAUCUUUCUAAUAAACUGGCCAUUUUUGGAAUUGGUUAUAAUACCCGUUGGAAAGAGGAUAUCCGGUACCAUUAUGCUGAGAUCAGCUCCCAGGUGCCCCUUGGCAAGCGCCUUCGGGAGUACUUCAACUCCGAGAAGCCUGAGGGACGGAUCAUUAUGACUCGAGUACAAAAAAUGAAUUGGAAAAACGUUUACUACAAAUUUUUAGAGAUCACUAUUAGUGAAGCUAGGUGCUUGGAGCUGCACAUGGAGAUUGACUGGAUACCCAUUGCCCACUCCAAACCAACUGGUGGGAAUGUUGUUCAAUAUUUAUUGCCAGGAGGGAUUCCAAAAAGCCCAGGCCUUUAUGCCAUCGGCUAUGAAGAAUGUAUUGAAAGGCCACUCACACCUCACUUGGAGCGACGCUCUUUAGACCCAGGAAAAGAAGGCCGGGUUGACCUGGAAAGCCUUUCAGCACAAGCCUCAUUACAGGUGGAAAUCGAGCCCACCCGAAUUAUCUAUUGCUACCUCGGGAUUGCUGAGGUCAGGACUCUUCAGCAAUGCUUGUUUUUACAUUUCCAAGCAAAUACCAAAACCUUCAGCAAAGAUUGGGUUGGUAUUAAUGGGUUUUUGUCUCAGAACUGUAUUGUGGAUCCUGGAGUUUCUCCCAAAUCCAUCUAUAUCAAAUUUGUAGAAGUAGAGAGGGAUUUUCUUUCCGCUGGCUCUUUAGUUGAGUGCCUGGAAAAAGCCAUUGGAUACCCCUUGAAAUUUAACAAUUGAAUGUCAUCCUUCAUAAGGAUGUGGGCUCAUCCUUCCCUCUUCUACUUAUUUCCCGGUAUCCUGCCCACCCUCAUCCAGAUGCUGCCAUCAGACUCUUCAUGGACACUUUCUCCACGACUGGGCCAGUACAGCCUCUUAAGGAAUCAUAGUAGACUUGGGCAAAAAAACAGACCUCACCUAAAAAACGCUCAUUUUGAGCAAGCAAGAUAACCAGUGGACUUGCAUGGUGGGUCAGUCAUUUCUUUUUUAAAGAUCAACAAUUUUUAAAUGGAUUUUAGAGCCCUAAUAUAAACAAGUGUAGGUACAUUCCAUAUUGGACAAAACUUAUACUUUGAGUUUCAUAUGAAAUUGAAAAAUUGUAUUUUUUUCACAAUGUUUCAUUUUUACACAUCUCUAUGUCUCUAUAUAAGUAUUAUUUACAACCCUGACUAAAUAAGCAAUAGAUAAUGGCAAGUUAAAACUUGAGUCACAGUAAAUAAGACUUUUUCAGUAUCACCUUUAGCUACAAUUGUAUAUAAUUUAGUUUCAUUUUUUUCACCAACCAAGUGUUUUUGCUAUUUCCAAUCAGUGUUGCCUGCGAAGACCUUUGUUUCUGUGAUGUACCAACUUUAUGGUUGUGUUGCCAUUUAAAAUUUUUAUAUAUUAAAAGUAUUAAAGUAAUUCCUGA